AUGGCAGCUCAACAAGAGGUCGCUUCGGCAAGGAACAACCAAGCCCGUCUCGAAAACCAGGUGUAUGAGCUCGACCAGAAUCUGACAGAGGCCCGAAGGGAAGCCCAGCGACUCUCCCGUGCCAAGAAGGACUUUGACCGCCAGAUUGAACAGAGCAAUGCCAACUUUGAGAGGGAGCGUAUCCUCUGGGCUGAACGUGAGAGUGAGCUGGUGCGCAGUGUCAAGUUUGCAACGCGGCCCCUCGUAGUUCAAGCUCCUGCCAAAGAGCGAGAGGCAUCCACAAGUAACAAAGAGUUCGACGUCGUUCCACCGGUCGUUCAGCAACAGAUAGCCGAGAAUAACGCAGCCCAUACAAGAGCAUUGAGAGCGCAGGAAAACAUUGUCACCGAGCUCCGAAGGCAGAUUCUCAACAUGAACCAGGACCUCAUCGAGCGCCAACGGAACUUUACCCUGAAGGAGAGCGAGCUGCAGGCCCAAAUUGCCCAGGCACAGGAGCUGAACAGGGGUCUCAUGGAGGAGAACGAGAGCUAUCAAAUGCUUUUGCAUGAAAAGUCAAUGAAUGGCGAGUUUAUGCAAACCAGCAUUAUGAAGAACACGGGCUACAACGAUGAUCCCUCCGCUACACCCCUGGGCGCACACAGCAACGGAUCAAUCAAUCUGGCUGACGAGCUCGGCAAGGCCUUUGACCGCUCGCCUCUUGCCAACUCUGAAAAGUCGAUCGAGGAGGAAAUCAAACAACUCAGGGAGAGCAACACUGCCUUGGGUCUCUAUAUCUCGAGGAUUCUGUCGCGCAUCAUGGAGAACCCUCAUCUUCAGGCGGUCCUCGCUGCCGACUAUAGCCCUCGCAGGGCCUCAAUACCCGAGUCGCCCCCAGCCCUCAUCUCUCAGGCCAACAAGAGCAGCUCUAGCCUGAACAACACCGGAAACAUCACCUCUGAGUCAGAGUCCCCAGCCAAGCCUGAGGGUCGCGCCCGUUCGCGCUCGCUCUUUGGUGGCGGCUCUAUCUUUUCAUCACGCUCCAAACCUGCCCCCGUACCUGUUACUACCUCUGGCAAGAGUUCGACCCGAAGCAGUUCUGACGACGAUGCCGCUAGCGGAACAUCGACCGGAGUGACAUCGUUCCAUGAUGGCCAUGUUCUUGAGGACUCUCCACGGACCAGCAACUCUUCCUCCGAGUUCAGAGUAGUCGCCAACGAUCUUCCACGAGCAACAGAGUACGAGCAAUUGACGACCUUCGACCAGCCCUUCACCCGCAAGCAACUUCAACGACAUGCGAGCAUGAGCAGUGCGGCUGGACAGGAUCGACAUCAACGACGACAGACGAUUGGCGGAGCAGGAUCGUUCCAGGUCAACGGUAGCGGGAGCAGUCACGGACGUUACGGAAGCGACUCGAGUGCGUUGCCAGCGAGCCAAGGCAGGUGGUCAGCGAUGUCCAAAUCCAAGAACAACCUCACUAUCAUGGCACCAAUGCCGGAGCAACAAUCGACAAUCACGACUCUUGUAGAGACAUCGCCUGUUGCAGAGAGGCCCGAUUCUGAGUCAAUGAAUUCCGCCCGUUCGCCCGCGCUUUCGAUCUCGAUCUCAGAGUCUAGCGCAAGCAGCACAGCGUCUGCAGGAGUUGCUACGCCAACAACACCUGUGACGACGACGGAGGGAGGCGUGCUCAAGAAGAUGCGGAGGUGGAGUUUGUUUGGAGCCAGCAAUCCAAACACCACGGCGACGCCCGCUGGUGUUGUUGAGCCUGUCAAGGAGGGCGAUGAUGCCCAGCUCACAUCCACGCCCAUCCUUGAAGAGCCCGCUGCCGUUCACAUUUGA